GGGGGCCAGACCAUUCCCUAUGACCUGCUAAAACGGGGAUACGAGAACCAACUAUGUAUCGAUUUCUCUGCCGUCGUUGUCGAGCUUAUGAAAAGUCGACAUCCUAACGAUGGCGUGGAAUGGAGCGUGGGUGGUGUGCGGAAUAUGCCGGACAUCCCCUCAAACUCCAUUGAUGUUGCGUUCAAUAAGGGAACGCUCGAUGCGAUGAUUUACAGAACCCCUUGGAGCCCGCCCGAUGACGUUAUGGAGAAUACCGGAAAAUAUAUGAAUGAGGUUUUCCGAGCCCUCAAGGACGAUGGGUUCUUUCUCUACAUCACGUAUCGCCAACCACACUUCGUCAAGCCGAUAAUCAAUCGGAAUAAUGAAUGGACCCUAGAAAUGGAGGUCCUGGGUGGCGGAGACAGCUUCGAGUACUUCGACUUCAUCCUUAGAAAGCAGUCCCCGCCUACAGUUCCAAUCCCGGCUGCGGAAUGA